AUGAAUCCAGCCGCAAAUGGUUCAGUAAUAUCCAACCCGAUGUCAGCGGGACAACCUCAAACUCAAGAACGCCCAAUGUCCUCUUCUCAAUUCCAAUACGGCUAUCAACAGCCGCCUCAAUACAACUCACCAGCAAUGUACCCGCCACAACGUGGCGGGUUCCCUUCGGGAGGAUACCAACAACCCGUACAGCCGCAACAAAUCCCUCCACCUCAACAACAGGGCUAUGUCGAUAUCUCGCUUAUUCAAGGCCUGAUCGAACAAUAUCUCCAAUUUUAUUACAACGACGAAGAAAUCAUUCGGGAGCUCGAGAGGAAAAACAUCUCUGCGGAGAUGACGUCGUACAUUCUCACAAAACUUCGCGAGCAGAACCCCAACUACUUUAAGGCCUAUGAAAUUAGGUUGACUAUUAAAAACCAAAUAUCGAGGUUCAACGAUCUGGUCCAGAGGCAUCUUGUGUCGAGCAAUCCACAACAAAUGGAACAGCAACCACAACAACCUCCUCAACAAUUCCAACAAGACAUGUAUCAACAGGACUACACCGGAGUAAAUUACCCGUCGGAUGCUUUCCAGGGCGAUCAGCCAAUGGGCGGAUUGUAA